GUGAUGAAGGAGGAGGAGGGACCUGCUCGUGUCGUGAGCUACGUGCUGCUGAAUUCACAUCCACCACUAAAAAUCUCAAUCUACCACCCCAUGCAGACGCAUUUCAGGAGCGCACACACUUCACUACAGCCUCAAGCCACCUGGGAAGAGAUUCGAGUUUUACAAGCAUCUGUGAACUUACAGCCUACGAUGCUAGUGUUUAUAUGAUUACUGAUUUGUUAAUAUCGCGCUCGAAUUACUGCAGAUUAAAAGACGUGGUUGGUUUAUUUAUGGUCGGUUGUUAGAAAAAGGUUGGAGCUGUAGCUAUUACAUUGAGGAGGCGCUGAAUUUGAGCUCUUUGCUCAUCUGUUUGGGAUUGUGAUCGAGCAGGAGGGAGGAGUGGCGGAGAAACGGCUGGCUCCUGAAUUCUGAAUCCUGCCUAAAAUCCACAAAGAUGAUAUAUCUGCCAGUGUUAUCCAUGACCUCAGAUUUACAGCAUUACACUUUCAGGAUGCCGAAUAUAGGGUUUCAGAACCUUCCCCUCAAUAUCUACAUUGUUGUCUUUGGGACUGCCAUUUUCGUCUUCAUCCUCAGUCUACUCUUCUGCUGCUACCUGAUUCGGUUACGGCACCAGGCACACAAAGAGCUCUAUGCAUACAAGCAGGUUAUUCAAAAGGAAAAAGUCAAAGAAUUAAACUUGCAUGAGAUUUGUGCGGUGUGUUUGGAGGAAUUCAAGCAGAAAGAUGAGUUGGGAAUCUGCCCGUGUAAACAUGCCUUUCACAGAAAGUGCCUUAUCAAAUGGUUGGAGGUGAGGAAGGUAUGCCCGCUGUGCAACAUGCCAGUCUUGCAGCUGGCGCAGCAGCAGAGCAUGUCCGAGCCUGUGCCCCCAACACAGCAGCCUCUGCCCGGGGUGGAGAACCUGGUGUAGCCCCUCCUCUUUAUCCUAAAAAUAUGACCACCACUACCUUCACACUCCCUCCUGUACAGGUACACGCUCAUAUCCAAGGACAGACCGCAGGAUCUGUGCCCGGAGCCACAGUGACCUCUGACCUGCAUAUGUUCCUUUCCUGCCUUGGUGGCUUUAUAACGGAUUUUUUUCCAAAUUACAAUAAUAGAUGAUUUACUCCAUCCGUCUUAUUUGGGUUUAGCUUUCUUUCCUGUGGGAUAAUGAAGAAGAGUUUUACAUGGCCAAGUCAUGUUUAAUGUAACCGUUCCACACCAAAGCACUUUUUUUGAGGACACCAGUGAGAGGCAAAAA